AUGGUGGAUAGCUGUUGUCCUGGAAACGCCACAGACAUUCCAGCUGUGCCCACCAUCUCCAUAUGCACAAAUCGUGGCAACUUCCGAAAUGGUAUCUGUUUGCCUAGUUCCUGCCGGAGCAGAACAUGGCAACUGGUCACAUGCCAAGAAAACUGUCAGCCAUCCAGCAGUGCCCCGAGUGGCUGUGAACCUGCUCCUUGUCAACCUACCUGCUUUCCAGCAACUCCUUGUGUGGGUUUUGUUUGCCAACCCAUUAGCUCCUGCACAGCCUACUACAAAUCCAGCACUGGUCAGCCUGCUUAUCUGGUUAGCUCAUGCCAGCCUCCCUGCUCGGAAUCCACUGGUGGUCAGCCAAAGUUCUGUGAAGCCAGCUCCUGCCAGGAACCUGUGUUUGCGUCCGGAUCAUGCCAGGCAGCUUGUGGCCAAUCGGUCUGCUGUGACACUGGGUCCUGCCAGCCAUCCUGCUCUGAGGUAACUUCCCAUCUUGAAACAUCUUGUCCAUCAACCGUCUGUGCAGCUAGUCCAUGCCAGCCACCGUGUUGCCAGGCAGGUUCAUGUCAACCUGCGAGCGGUGAAAAUCAGCCCUGCAAAUCGACUUAUUACCAACCCGUCUGCUACAUUUUCAAGACUUGCCAAUCAGUUCCUUACACGUCAGUUCCCUGCCAUCCGUCGACUUGUAUGUUGAGUCCUUGCAGUCCUACCUGCUGUGUGUCCUCCCCUUGCCAGCCACUGCCCUGCCAACCAGCUCCUUCCAUAUCCUUCAUCUGCCAGCCAGUGGCUAACUGCCAGCCCUCUUGUUCUGUAAAGAGCUCUUGCACACCAGCUUCCUGUGGCACCAUGCUUUCUGGCCAACCCACUUGUGUUGGACCCACUUCCUGCAAUCGAAGUAGCUGCAAAUCCCCUUCCUGCCAACCAGCCUGCUGUGUGACAGGUUUAGGCAAAUCAUCCAGUGGUGGCUCCAAUUGCUUCCAACCAACUCCUCCACAUCUCUGCGAAGCCAGCACCUGA